UAUAUAUUAUAAACCACUUGUUUUCCUCAUUUGGAUAAAGGCAUCUGCUAAAUGAAUAAAUGUAAAUAGAGCAAUGGUUUUUUUAUGUAGAAAGUUGUCUUAUAAUAAUGAUUUAUGUAGUUUUAUAUGCUGUAAUAACAGAGGUCUUAGUUAGGUGGAUGUGUUAUGUGUGUGUUCAGUAUCUUUCUAUGACUGACUCUAAGGGUAUGGCUCAAGAUGUUAGAACACUUUUCCAGAUAUGACUAUAUAAAUGACUGACUCAAAAUAUAUCUGCAGUGAAAAUGUGCUCAUACUUACUUUUUUGCUGAUAUUUCACUAUCACUAUUGGCGCUGCUUUCUGUUAAAUUCUUCACCACACCCAGAGAAAACGCCGCAGCGGAGCAGAUGGCUGCGAACCCCACCAAACCAUCCGGACAGACGGGCAAGAUGAAGAAGGAUGAGUCGCUGCUGGGAAAACUGGGAGGAACGCUAGUUCGCAAAAAGAUUAAAGAAGUGAGUGACCUUCAGGAAGACGGUAAGAAUGCCAUCAACGCCCCCCUCCUGUACGCCGGCCCAGAGCUGCUCCCUGAGGACACGCUGCUUGAAGAAAAUGCAGAGAGGACCAUUCUAGACCCCACUUCCAGAGAAGACCUCAAUUUUAAAGACCUCCAGAAGGUUCUCAUUGACUGGAUCAACAGUGAACUGGAGGAGGACCGAAUCAUCGUGAAAGACCUUGAGGAAGAUCUGUAUGAUGGACAGGUGCUGCAGAAACUGUUCGAGAAGCUGUCGGGUCAUAAGCUGAAUGUGGCAGAGGUGACGCAGUCAGAGAUCGGACAGAAGCAGAAACUGCAGACGGUUCUAGAGGCUGUUAAUGGAGUUCUCAGACCGCUGGACUGGAACACGGAGUGGAGUGUCGACUCAAUCCACUCUAAGAACCUGGUGUCCAUCGUGUACCUGCUGCUGGCACUGGCCAUCUACUACGCGGCACCCAUCCGCUUACCUGAGCAUGUGUCCGUCAAGGUGAUCGUGGUCAAGAAAAAGGAGGGAAUCCUGCAGACUGCUCAUGUGACCAAACAUCUCACAAGUACCACAACAGAAAUGAUGAUUGGAAGAUCAGAACGUGAUGCUUUUGACACCUUACUGGAUCAUGCACCUGACAAACUGAAUGUAGUGAAAACAUCGCUGAUUACAUUUGUGAAUACACACUUGAACAAACUGAACCUGGAGGUGACGGAGCUGGAAUCACAGUUUGCAGAUGGUGUCUAUCUGGUGUUACUGAUGGGAUUGUUAGAAAAUUACUUUGUGCCGCUGUACAACUUCUACCUCACGCCUGAAAGCUUCGAACAGAAGGUGCAUAAUGUCUCAUUUGCUUUUGAGCUCAUGCAAGAUGGUGGAUUACAGAAACCCAAAGCGAGACCAGAAGACGUGGUGAACUUGAAUCUGAAGUCAACACUCAGGGUGCUUUACAACCUUUUCACCAACUACAAGAACUCAGAGUAGCACUGAAAGCGAUCCGAGGAAAGUCGCUACAUGCCUCACUCUGCGCUCACACAUGCACACACAUCCCUGGUGUUACUUUUGUAUGUAAGAAUGCAAUAUUUUGUAUUAUUUGGCUUAUUUAUGCCCAGAAUCGAAUGUAUUCAGCCUUAAUGAUGCGUCAGUGUAGCAGCUCAUUCAAAUAUUUUAUUUUUCUCGCAUUUGACUUACGCAAACGAGGCCUGGCAUUGCUUUAAGCACUACUUCAUUAAAAAGUCAUUCA